UCGCAAGUCCAAAGUUGGGCAGUCUUCUUGUAAACAUGAUCUCGGUGUCUAGCAUUUUGGCGCUCGGACUGUUUUGGUCUGCUUUGGGCACAGAGGGAGAAAACUUGUCAGGUUUGAGGAGGCUGCAGAGGAAGUUUGGCAGUGAUGAGGAGCGACAUGGUUUAGAGAAGUCGGAGCUCUCGAAACGCAGCGCUGGACUGAAUGAACAGACAUGUACAGCCCUGCAUGGAGUAGAGUCAACCCUGCAGAACAACACCCACUCUUUCACUUUCAAAGUGAGCACCAUGGGUUCACUGUCCCUGGCCUGGGUGGGAGACGGUUCAGGGGUCCUGCUGGUGUUGACAACAUUCCAGGUGCCAUUGUUCAUGAUGCGUUUUGGCCAGUCUAAUCUCUACAGGAGUGAAGACUAUGGGAAGACGUUCAAAGACGUGACUCACCUGAUCAACCACACCUUCAUCCAGAGUGAGUUCGGCUUCGCCAUCAGUCCUGAUCACUCUGGCAAGGUGAUUCUCACUGGAGAUGUGUCAGACAUCGGGGGGUUUAAACUGUUUCGCUCUCAGGACUUUGGCAUCACCUUUGUUCCAACCGACCUGCCGUUUGAGCCCCUCAUUCAGAUGCUGUACAACCCCGGAGACUGCAACACACUUGUGACGCUCAGUAUCAUGUUCGACCUGUGGCUGUCCGAGGACUUUGGCGUCACCUGGAGGAAAGUCCACGACAGUGUUUGUUUGGUCAGAUGGGGUCCAAAAAACAGCAUCUACUUCACAACAAACUACAACGGAUCCUGCAAAGAUAAAGGAAUGCUGGAGUUAAGGAAGACAGAAGACUAUGGUCGAAGUUUCAAGACCAUUGCGACCAGAGUUUUCUCCUUCGUACUGGGAGGGCGCUUUGUUUUUGCCUCCAUCAUGACUGGCAAGGGUACAAAGCGUAAGAUCCACAUGUCGGUGGACGGAGGGAAUGUGUGGAACAUGGCUCAGCUUCCUACAGUCAACCACGAGCAGUUCUACUCUAUCCUGGCAGCCAAUCAGGACAUGAUAUUCAUGCAUGUGGAUGACCCUGGAGACUCAGGUGUUGGAACCAUCUAUGUGUCAGAUGACAGAGGAGCCGUUUUCUCCAAGUCUCUGGAGAACCAUCUUUACACGACCACAGGAAGCGAAACCGACUUCACCGCCGUUACUUCACUCAGGGGCGUCUACAUGACCAGCGUACUCUCAGAGGGUCUAAUGGAGACAGUGAUCACCUUUGACCAGGGAGCACAAUGGCAGCCGCUGCGCAGACCACAGAACAACCAAUGUGUAACCUCGCCCUCGACCGGCAGGCCUAACAGAUGCAGACUCCACAUCCACGCAGCCUACAGCAUCAGCAUGUUGAUGAACGUCCCCAUGCUGCCUCUCUCACAAUCCAGUGCUUUGGGCCUCAUUGUUGCCCAUGGCAGUGUUGGAGAUGAAGAGUUAUCUUUCUCACCUGAUGUGUACAUGUCUGAUGACGGGGGCUACUCGUGGACGUUGGCUCUCAAAGGCCCCCACCAUUACGCUAUAAUGGACUCUGGAGGGCUGCUGGUUGCUGUGGAGCACACCAACUCUCCUGUCAACCAGAUCAAGUUCUCAACAGAUGAGGGGCAGUGUUGGCAUACGUAUAACUUCACCAGCGACCCGCUCCACUUCAGCGGCAUGGACAGCGAGCCCGGCUCUCGCUCCAUGAACGUCAGUCUGUGGGGCUACAGGAACGACUUCAGUAAAUGGGUGGUGAUCACCAUAGACUUCAGGAAGAUCCUCACCAGAGACUGUACUGAGGGGGACUAUGUGCAGUGGCUGGCUCACUCUGCAGACCCCAGUGGAUCGAAUGAUGGCUGUGUGCUGGGCUAUAAGGAAACCUUCUCACGCUUGAGGAAAGACUCUGUCUGCUGGAACGGGAGGGACUAUUCCGUCACUAAGAAGCUGUCCCCCUGUCCAUGUACAAUAGAUAAUUAUCACUGUGACUUUGGAUAUUACCGGCCAGAGAACAGCUCAGAGUGUGUGGAGCAGGAGGAGCUCAAGGGUCACCCUCUGGAGUUUUGUUUAAAUGGGACCACUGAACAGCUUCAGACCAGCGGCUACCGGAAGAUUCCAGGAGACCGGUGUGAGGGAGGUUUUCAGCCAAAAAGGAAGGAGACAGACCUGGGGAGGAUGUGCACCAGCAAUGCCCUUAGUCCAAAUUCUCUGACUGAAGAAAGUUCACCAAACACUGCUGUCAUAGUGAUGGUUGUCAUAGUGAUGCUUCUGUCGAGUGCUGUUGGUGGCGUUUGGCUGGUUAAGAAAUAUGUCUGCGGAGGACGGUUCCUCGUGCAUCGAUACUCUGUCAUGAGAGAGCAUGCUGAGGCUGAUAAAAUAGAAGGAGUCGAUGAUAUUGACACACACUACAUGGAGACAGGAAAAGCACAGUACAAUGAAGACUCGGAUCAGGACCUGUUAGAAUAAGGCGGACAUUUCUCCCUCAAAGGCUCUUCAAGACUAAAUUUAACGCAGUCUUUCUGAAGCCUGGGCACUUGUGGUGCUCCCACAGCCCGAUUAACACAUUCUUUUUCACUUCUCGCUAUCCCCUGGUGGCUGGAGGACGCAGCAGAAUCUACCAUGGCUUCCUUUAACCAGUUGAGACUUUCAUAAAAAAGGUUGAACCGGUGGUUUGGGGAGGGGGACAAACCCAGUGCAGAACAAAAGAAAGCUUCUGGCUUCCCUGGAGAGCUUUUGUAGUUUCUGUCACAAAGAGUUCUGCAAAGACCACUGAGUCUGAAUACAUGCUCUGUAUGUUCCCUUGCAUGCUGACCUGAGAAAAGAUGGCCUUUCAUAUCAUGAUGCACUGCAGAAGCAUAUUACAAUGGCUAGAUAUAAAGGCUUACUGAACAUUUUACACAAUAAGAGUUAGGGAACUGCUAGGCAACAGAACACAGAAAGUAGUUAUCAUACUUUAGCUCAGAAAUACAACUUCUACUUUUUUAGAAAAUAAGAGACAGUGCUUAAUUUAGACUAAAUUGUAACUUUUAUCAGCUUCCAGAUAUAUAAUGCCCAAUAUAACAAUAAUAAAUUAGAUGGCUAAAAGCAAAUGUUGUCUUUGAUGUUAAGUGCCUUGUGAAACUUUUGGAAUAAAUGUUUAAAUGGCCCGCCAUUGUAGUGAAGACAUAAAAUACAAACUCGUUUUUUUAUACAGAGCAGCUUCUAACAAGCAAUAUUAUUACUCCCCUGUAUGUGUUGUGAAAAGACUUGAAUAUUUGCCAAAGCACUUUUAUUGCGUAGUUUGUAGAGGAGUGAAUUGUAGAGGUGAGGUUGUAGAGGUGAAACCUAACCUUAGCCCAGCAUUAUAAAAAGUAUUAAGGAAAUGCUAACUCAUCUUUUUACUUGAACGUUCUGCUUAUUAUUUUUUGCUUAACAGGGUGCACCAAUAUGUUGCUGUUAAAUAUUCUGAUUUGUCUUAUUUGGCCGAUAUUUUCUCUACAUUGGCAAAUUCCAGCUUCCAUGCCAAUCUUCAAGAUAAUCAAUCGUCCUCUAGAGAACAUGUUGGUUUGUUCCUGUUACGAAUAUGACAGCAGAAAAACAAUAUUUAAAAUAAAAACAUUUCCAGAAAUGUACUGAUACUGCUUUUUUAAAGCUUUUAUUUGCCAGUCUUAUGAUAUAUUGGUGCAUCCCAACUUAAUAAUAUAAUAGAUUCUGCAAAAUAUCCACAAUAGCAGAACUUAAUUUAUCAGAUCAAUGUCUGGUUGCCAUAAGCCUUUACUUUAUGAAGUUUAUUGAGUUGUAUCAUUUUCCCAGAUGACAUUUCACUGUGUUACAUACAUUGUUAAGAUGAUAUGUUAGAUUGCAAUCAUUUCUGUUUUUCUGCAAUAUAAAAACUGUAACUUUUGAUGUGUGCAGGGCUUUUGGCUAAUGCUUGUUUUCUCUAGCAGAGUCAAUAUUAUCCCAGUGAAUAAGCUAUUGUAAUAAACUGGCAUUUUCUCAAGGACUGUUGGGUGGACUUUGUUAGAUAUGAAAGCAAAUUCAUAUGCUUGAUGCUUCUUUAUUUACACAACUGUCAGUAAGAACAAACCCAGCUAUUUACUGAAUUCAAUGAUUUAUUGUUGCACUGUAUCAACAGAUCUGUGAAAAGUUGCAUUUGUGCCUCCUUGGUAUUUGGGCAAUGAGUUGUGAUCUUCAUUCCGUCUUGUUUUCUUGACUGUUUUCUAGAAUAUCAGAGAAAAGUAUCUCUGAAUAAAACUAUUCUGUAGCACAAA